UGUUCCGCCCUGGCCUCCCCUCCCUCUCUUCUGCGAUUAUUAUUUAAGGCUGGUUUCCAAGACAUCAUCGACGUCACUAUCGCGUAAAGUUGCACUUGCGGCUGGGUUUUUCUCUUACAAAUUUGGCUGUAAUGAAAUGGAGCGACUGAAGCUUCCAGGAUCUCCACGUGUAAGAUUCGCUGUCGUUAUGGUAGUUUGAGUCUUCGUGCCUAAUUAUUCAAAAAAACGUUUAUAGACGCUUUUCGUUGCUAGGCAACCCUUGCACAGAUCGCGAAAGAUUCGAGAUAGUGAAACAAGAGAGAAAUAGCAUGUCAUGAUGGACAACAGAAAAUUGAAUGCCGAGAGUCCGAAAACGUCAGACCUGAAUAGAGGAUUCUGUUUCUGGUUCACUCUUCUUCAUAAGUAAUCACGUCGCCCUCGGCAACCAUCGAGUCUGUUUGAAUCGAAUCACAAGGACAUUCGAUUGACUACACCUGACCCUAUUCUCACAUGAGGAAACUGGGUUUUGUCCUUCCAGCAGUCCCUCUCCUCAUCGGAGGUGCUUUCAAUAUUUUAGUGGGCGUGGGGGAAAUCGAAAAGGAAUUGAAGUCCACCCAGCGAUUGUUCAACGAUCGAUUAACAAUGGCGCACAUAUUCAGGUAUCUGGAGAAUCUUCUAGAUAGCACUGAUGAACCCACUUGCCAGGCCCAAUAAUGAUGUCUAAAAUGAAGGCCUGCUCAUGUUGACAAUCCACAACAGCUGUCAACACACUUGAGAACUGGACGUCGCUUCUCCUUGCCGUGGAACGAAGGACCACAAAGCCCUCUUUAUGGUUACCGGGAAGGCAAAAAAGUGAAAUUCAUGUCUGAAACAAUGUUUUUGCUUGAAAAUGUUCACAUUUCUUGAAACCAUCAAGACUCAUGAUAGAAAAAUCUACCAGCACGAGGAAAUCAGUGAUUUACCGCUUCGUCCAUGACCGAUCGCAUUUGUGUGGUGGACGAAGCUCUGGCCUCCUGCUUGAAUAUGGUAGCUGACACGAACGCCCUUACGCUGGAAUACGAAUGCGUCCGCGCUCGAGACAGAUUGGAAUGUUUGAAACUGAUCCAAAAUGGACUGGCGGAUUUCGCUCCAUUUGAGCCAGAAGAUAUGUACAUUGCAGCCAAGUUCAUGGACGACUCUUUGGCCAUUUUCCUUGAAAUGCGUAACGCCAUCACUCAGUUAGAUGUCUUUCGAUUUUUGAGCGUCGCCGUGGUACGCAAUGACGCCAACAUUAAUUAUCCUGCUGAUUUGCGCGGAAAGGUUUCCUGUCACACAGGAUAUGGAAGAACGGCAGGUUGGCACAUGCCAAUACCUCGGCUAAUGACGGAAAAAUUGAUCAAGCCAGAUUGCACAGGGUUAAAUCCAGUUAACGAACACGAAUUGGCUGCCGUGUCGGAUUUUUUUUCACGCGCUUGCGUGCCCGGAAAAUGGUCGCCUGAUGAAGCCACAGACCAAUUAUUCAAACGGAAAUAUCCCAACUUAUGCUCGGCGUGUAAUGAUCCUUACCGCUGCUCCGAUGGAGAUGAAUAUUCCGGAUUCGAGGGAACGUUACGAUGCGUCACGCAAGGAUUGGGUCAAGUAGCUUGGACUAGUUAUACCACCGUUAGGCGGGUGUUUGGCAUGGACACAGUCACCCCGAGCAGUGAAAUUGUCAACUUUAGUUUCCUGUGUCCAGAGGGUGGCCGCCGGCCAUUGACGUCGCCGUUUCCCUGUGUCUGGUCAGCUAAACCCUGGAACGCUUAUCUGACCCGGAAAGUUACUGCAGUAGCCGUGUUAAGAGACAUGCAAGCACGUAUAGUUCGGGCUGUUGAACUCGCCCGAACCGCCGGUAAUGUGCGAUCGGCCGAUUGGCUCACACGAGUCCUGGGUUUUGAACCGGACGCCGUAGCCGUACCUAUGGAUGAACUGUCUGUGUUCACGUCUGCCGAAUACCUCGCCAGAAGCAACUUUACACUGUCGAUCGAAGGACGCGGUUGCCGUGGACGAAUUCUUCGUUUCUGUGUCGUUUCGGAAAAAGAGCAACGGAAAUGUCAAGAUCUGAGAAUGGCCGCCCUUUCCAGGCGUGUCCUACCGGAAAUAUCAUGCAUUCGUGGAUCGACGACGAUGGAUUGCAUGGAUCGCAUAAGGCGAGGAGAGGCUGAUAUGAGGACAUUUGACAGCAAUGAUGCAUUCCGAGCUGGCAGAUCGUAUAACUUGAAGCCCAUCGUGACUGAAAUUUACCCCAACACACAAGAAUCGGCCUCAUUUGCAGUGGCGGUGGUCAAGUCCAAUUCUGGAAUCAAUCGACUGGAAGACUUGCGUGAAAAACGGUCAUGCCACACAGGAUUUGGUCGGACUGCGGGAUGGAACAUUCCUGUUUUUGCGCUGUCACAACGGCAACUAAUUUAUCCACAGCGAUGCCGAUUCGGACGGGCAGUCAGCCAGUUUUUCAGCCAAUCGUGUGUCCCCGGCGCCAAAGACUUUGUCAACGACAUCUUUAGAGACAAUCCUCUGUCGCUGUGUAGCAUGUGCGUCGGCAAUCAAGCUUUAGGUGGAGCUGGUCGUUGUUCCUCCGAGCCGACCGAGGAGCUUUUUGCUGGAUUUCGAGGAGCAUUCCAUUGUUUGGUGGAAGGCGGAGGAGAUGUGGCCUUUGUCAGACAUACCACGCCUUUUGAAAACACCGAUGGAAACAAUUUGGAAAACUGGGCGGUGGGAUUGAGUUCCAACAACUUCCGGUUGUUGUGUCUCGACGGGGGUGUUCGACCCGUGCAGGAAUACCAAACCUGCAAUUUGGGCAAAGUGCCCGCGCCCAAAGUAAUGACGGAUGGUUGGAAGUCUGCCGAGCGAACGCAGGACAUCCGGGCUGUCUUGUUAAGAUUGUCUGACCUCUUUAGCCCUUCUUUUGGAGGUCAGGUCAUCUUUCGUCUAUUCGGGCCUUACGAGGGAGUUCCCAACCUUCUUUUCACGGAUUUCGCCGAGAGGCUUGGCGAUCUAGGACCGGUCGAUUACAUACAAGGACUGGGCCACGAUUUCGUGCGAAUGAUGGAACAAACCACCUGUGGCUCUGGGAAACUCCAUCACGCAGCCGCCACCGGCAUUGUCAUGGGAGUCUUCACUUCAUUGUUGGCUAUCUAUUAUCGUUGAUUAUUAUUCAUCGAAAGUUUCCACAUUGCUUGUUCCGCCUUAGGAUUUCCCUAUUUUUUGUAAGUUUGUUGUUGUAGCAUAUUUUAAUAAUUAUAAUAAUAAUAAUCAUCAUGCGAAAUGUAAUAAUAAUAAGACUGUAUUUUAAAACAUUGAAGUUUCGACACAAAAGAGGUGGCGACUUGUGUGACGCUAGAAAGGAGAAAACACGAAAGCUUAUGGCAGAAAGUGUCGGCACAACAUUCCCUUUCUUUACCUAGUAAGAUUUUUUUCCCAUCACAGAGUUUUAAGAGCAUUUC